AUGGCUACGAUUUGGUUUCUAACACUUCUCUUUCUCACUUGUCUUCUUCUCACCUUCUUUAAACGGAAGAAGCAUCAACGUUUACCACCAUCUCCUCCUGGUUUUCCGAUCAUCGGAAACUUACACCAGCUCGGAGAAUUACCACAUCAGUCUCUAUGGACACUCUCAAAGAAGUAUGGUCCUGUGAUGCUUUUGAAGUUUGGAAGAGUUCCAACAGUUAUAGUUUCUUCCUCUGAAACCGCAAAACAAGCUCUGAAAAUCCAUGACCUUCAUUGUUGUAGCCGUCCAAGCUCAGCAGGGCCAAGAGAACUUUCUUACAACUAUUUGGACAUUGCUUUCUCACCUUUUGAUGAGUAUUGGAAAGAACUAAAGAAGAUGUGUGUGCAAGAACUCUUCAAUGUUAAACGAGUUCACUCGAUUCAACCUAUAAAGGACGAGGAAGUCAAGAAACUGAUCGAUUCAGUCGCGGAAUCAGCUUCUGAGAAAACACCGGUUAACUUGAGCGAGAAGUUUCUUUCUUUAACUGUAGGCGUGAUAUGCAAGGCAGCAUUUGGUGUGAGUUUCCACGGGACUGUGCUCAACAAUGAAAGAUUCGACAAGUUAAUCCUCGAGUCAUUCUUGUUUUUGGGGAGCUUCUCUGCCUCGGAUUUCUUUCCAAACUGCGGUUGGAUCUUAGACUGGCUCACGGGUUUACAAGGGCGAAGAGAGAGAAGCGUGAGGGAUCUCGAUGCGUUCUAUGAACAAAUGUUUGAUCUUCAUAAACAUGGAAACAAAGAAGGAGUUGAAGAUUUUGUGGACUUGCUAUUGAGGUUGGAGAAAGAAGAAGCUGUUCUUGGAUAUGGAAAGCUCACAAGAAACCAUAUCAAAGCAAUCUUAAUGAAUGUUCUUAUUGGGGCCAUAGGUACUUCUGCAAUAACAAUGACAUGGGCAAUGGCAGAACUUAUGAGAAACCCGCGAGCGAUGAAGAAAGUACAAUCCGAAAUCAGAAACCAAAUGGAGAACAGAGCAAUGAUCACUUUGGAUGACGUAGACGAGUUCCAUUACUUGAAAAUGGUGAUCAAAGAAACAUGGAGGCUACAUCCUCCAGCACCACUUCUUGUUCCAAGAGAAGUAAUGUCAGAAUUCGAGAUCAAUGGCUACAAAAUCCAACCCAAGACCAAGCUUUAUGUGAACGUAUGGGCCAUCGGGCGUGAUCCGGAUAGUUGGAAAGAUCCAGAGAUGUUUCUCCCUGAAAGGUUUAUUGAUAAUAACAUUGAUGCAAAAGGACAACACUUUGAGUUGCUACCGUUUGGGAGCGGCCGGAGAAUAUGUCCUGCAAUGUACAUGGGGACAACAAUGGUGGAGUUUGGUCUAGCGAAUAUGUUGUAUCAUUUUGAUUGGAAGUUACCAGAAGGCAUGGCGGUCGAAGAUAUCGAUAUGGAAGAAUCUCCUGGACUCAAUGUAAGCAAGAAAAAUGAGCUACUACUUGUUCCUGUGAAGUAUUUAGAUCAUUGA